GCCGCCGCCAGGAAACGCACCUUCAAGAAGUUCUCCAACCGUGGUCUUAAGAGGAAGCCUGUGGCCCUCCUCAAGAAGCUCCGCAAGGCCAAGAAGGAGUGCCUCCCCAACGAGAAGCCCGCCGUCGUCAAGACCCACCUCCGCAACAUGAUCAUCGUCCCCGAGAUGAUCGGCAGCAUCGUCGGUGUUUACAACGGCAAGGUCUUCAACGCUGUGGAGAUCAAGCCUGAGAUGAUCGGCCACUACCUGGGCGAGUUCUCCAUCACCUACAAGCCCGUGAAGCACGGUAAGCCCGGUAUUGGUGCUACCCACUCUUCGCGCUUCAUCCCUCUGAAGUAA